GAAGAUCUGGAUAGUAUUUAAGGGGAGAAUGUUAUGUUUUCGGUGUGCAUGAGGGGCAUGCCAUCGAGACAGCGUUCUCUGGAAGCAUGGCUCUCACAAAAAUCUCACGUCGUUACUUCCCACGCAGAUGUCGAUACUUGAUAAGUCUCAUCGCCUCUUCAUUGGCCGUCGUUAAUCUAUAUAAUCUCAUCUACUGCUUUGAUUGUGAGACCGAAAUCAAUGGGCCUGCUUCGGCUCAUUUUGAUCCGAAUACAUCUGAGGUGGCCAGGAACGGGAGCUUAGGGUUCGAGCGUAUCAUCGUAAUCGGUGCACUUCGCAAUCCUGACGAACGAGAAGCGAUCUCCCGGGGCUCGUUGAUGGGAGGAUUUCAUGUCGAGUUCAUGGAGAAACCAGCGCGAGAACGUGGCAAUCGCGAGAAAUCCUCGAAAGGAAGCGAAGCAGAGACCAGGGCUUUUCACAUGCACCUCAACGCUAUGCAAAGUGUGGUGGCAGAAAGUCCUGCAAGUGCGCUGAUUAUGGAGGAAACCGUCGACUGGGAUGUCAACCUCAAGAUGCAACUAAAAGGGCUCGCAUCGGGCAUGAGAUUGAUGCAGCGAAGCAACACAUCCGCGGAAAUGCCGUAUGGGGAUCGCUGGGACCUCUUCUGGCUGGGGCAUUGUGGAAUGAGAUGUGCAGUCGGCUCUAGUUUCCUCCUGACACCACAUGAUAUAACAGCAGUUCCAAGUCGACAUCUGGGGUCAUACCACGGAGACCCCCCUGCAGGCGUCAAGAAUCAAAUGCGCUUGGCCUGUCAGGUCGAAGAGGCCGUGGGCAGUGUAGCGUACGCCGUCACAAACGGAGGUGCACAAAAGCUCCUCAGCGCUCUCCUAGAGGUUGCUUCCAAGAAAGAGGAACGGCUCGAUGUGGUGGCCAGUCGACUGUGUCGAACGGGGGUUUUAAGAUGCUUCUCUACUUACCCUUCUAUCAUGGGUAGAAGAAGCGGCGACUGUGAAAAAAUACAUGGAGACUUGAACGGUGCUGGCUUGGGUGGAGAUUGCUCGUCUGGAGUUAUGUUUAGUACCCUCAAUAACUUGGACAGCUUAUCAAACGGCACAUCGAAGGUGAAAUCGGCUUAUCAAGAUGCAGUGAUCAAAGAAGUCGAUCCGGCUCAGUUCGAGGUGCCACCUGCGAUGUUCAAAUGGCGAGAUGACCAAGGAGAACACGAAAUGACUCUAUGAGCUUGAGUGAGGGGGUUGAUCACUCAUCCAUUUGAAUAGCUUCGGCAGGUCAUUGUAUCGAGGCUCGAUUGACCAAGCAUGAAUCCGGCUCAAAAGGUCAAACUCACG